CUGCGAGCUCAGCAUGAAAGCCAUCAGUCCGGUGCGCUCCGUCCGGAGCUGCUACGAGGCCGUGUGCUGCCUGUCGGAGCAGAGUUUGGCCAUCGCCCGGGGCAGCCACAACAAGAGUCCAGCCCUGGAAGAGCCCAUGAACUUGCUGUACGAUAUGAACGACUGCUAUUCCAAAUUGCGGGAACUGGUGCCGGGUAUCCCGCAAGGCACCAAGGUGAGCCAAGUGGAGAUCCUGCAGCAUGUCAUCGACUACAUCUUCGACCUCCAGAUCGUGCUGGAGGAGGGGGCCAAGAGCCGCGACCCUUCCUCCGAGGCCACACUGCUCUCCCUUAAGGCAGCCGAGCUCGCGUCUGAACUUUGCUCGAAAGACGAGAGAAGUUUGUGCCACUAACGGCUCCU